AUGAACGGCCGCUACUACUACUCGUCCCUCAACGCAACCCCCAAGACGACAACCAGCACCCUCACCCUCACCGACUCCAACAGCACGCGCAAGAGCCAAAACUCAACCCGCAAAAGCGCGGCGCCCUACCCCCCAACAACACCACCACACCGUCGCCCCCUCCCCUCUCUCAACCGCGAUCUCUCGACCCGCAACGUCUGCGUCAUCUUCGUCGUCCUCGCCUGGGCGACCGGCCUCGCCGCGCUCGGCGGCGGCCUCUGGGUGCUAUCGUCACACGCCUGGACCGAGAGCGCGCCGACCAUCAUCCAGCUGCCGGAAAUCGUCAAGCAGCUGGCGCCGCUAGCACUCAACCUGUGGCUGACGCUUCUGCUGGACGGGGUCGGCUACGUGCACGCGACGACGCUGAAGUGGGCGCUGGCGCGCGAAGGGCGGCUGGGCUUCAACAGCAACCUGCGGCUGUUCACGGCGGCGCGCAGCAGCGUGCCCAACGCGUGGUACGCGAACCUGUUGCUGUUCGUCGCCAUGGUCGUCGCGUAUUCGUCGUCGUCGCUCAUCCUCGUCAACUGGCAUGACGGAGAGAAUAAGACGCUCGAUGUGGACCGCCUGCGCCGCCUGUGGAGCGUCGAGAACGUGUCCGUCAGCGUCUCGAGCACGAGUACCGUGUGCCUCGGCGCCGCGCUGCUGGCCCAGGCCUUCGUCGCGACGUGCGCGCUCGUCUUCACGCACAACCCCACCUGGAGCUCCAGCCCCUUCGACGCCGUCAUCGCGUGCCAGCGGGAGACGGCGGCCGAGAGGAGCGUGCGGUACCAUCCGAACCGGUGCCUGCUCAGCGUCACUGACAAGACGCACGGGUCGGAGCCGGUGCGGCCGCGGGCGCGGCAGUCGUCGAGCUGGGCGGCGGCCCGCGAGGUGCGCGUCGUGGUGCUGAUGCUGUGGGGGCUGGCGGCGCUGACGCUGGUGGGCGCCGUGCCCGUGUCGCUGGUCGCGCGCAAGGACGGCGCGCCCGGUGUCAGCGUCGGCGGCGAGCUGGGCGUCGAGGCCGGUGGCAUGCUGCUCAAGACGCUCGUCUUCAGCCUGCUGCAGGCCGGCGUCACGCUGGCCCUGCACUGCGCAGAGCUGCUCGUCAACCUCGUCCGCGACGAGCGCGCCUGGCGCCGCGCCGCCUCCAAGAACGGCUACCGCCUCGAGAGCUACAACGCCGUCUGGAAAGCCGUCUCCAGCUGGCAGGCCUUCGUCCUCUUCCUAGCCAAGCCGGCCAUCCAUUGGGUUUUUGGUUUGGCUGUGACCGUCGAGGACCGCUGGGUGUACAUCAAGGGCACCCCCUUCUUUUACCUCGCUGGAGCCGUGGCCGCGUUGGCCGCCUACAUUACGGGCUUGAGCUUGUGGAGGCCAAAAGGUCCUCAGCCGGCGGCGUACGGCCAUAUACAGACAUUGGCGAACCUCAUCGACGAGUGGAGUCCGGUUCUGUAUUGGGGACACAAGGUCUCGGGACCGACUUGCCAUGCAGGGACAAGCUCGCGUCCUAUGGCUGAUAUUGAGAUGGACAAGCUCUAUGCGGGAGAAGUCUGA